UGUUUUGCUCGCUUUUGUCACUCGAUACAUGUUUGAUGACAACACGCUCCUCAGGUCAGAUUUCAAAUUUCACUUGUAUUUAUCAGUCUCUUUGAUUUUCAUUCCUUCUCCGUGAACAUUAUCCUUUGGAAAUUCAUGUUUGGUUCUAUGGCAAUAAAGCUCCCAUCUUCAGCAUAUUCUAGUCGAUUCCUCAAAUGGGUUUAUCUCUCUUCAAGCAGUAUUGAAGAAAUUUCAGAAACCAUUGGAAUUGUGAAGCCCAAGGGUUCAUCUGAAUUCGACCAAAAUAUUAAUUUUUUGAGGAAUAAGCUUGCACCAGAUAACUUAAUCCGGGUUUUGGACCGCACCAGCGAUUUGAACUCAGCAGUGAAGAUAUUCAAAUGGGCUUCUAUUCAGAAGAGUUUCCACCACACCUCCAAUACAUAUUCUGAGAUCAUUUUGAAACUGGGUAUGGCUGGGAAUGUUCUGGAGAUGGGGGAUUUUUGUCAAAACAUGGUGAAGGAUAGAUGCCCAGGUGCUGAAGAAGCUCUUGUAGCAUUGGUUCACACAUUUGUUAGGCAUUGUAGGAUUAAAGAAGCGAUUGCUGUUUUAGUAAACAUGAAUUUGGGUGGUUUUAAGCCCCCCAUUGAAGUUUUUGAUGUUUUAUUGUCUUCUAUUGUGGAAGAAGAAAGUAAGGAUUUUCAAAGUGCCUUGUUUGUUUAUAAAGAGAUGGUUAAGGCAGGAAUCCCACCCACAGUCCACACUUUGAAUUAUUUGUUGGAAGUAUUGUUCAGUACCAAUCGGGUUGACUUGGCUUUGGAUCAAUUUAGAAGAAUGAACAAUAAAGGAUGUAGUCCAAAUAGUAAGACCUUUGAGAUUCUUGUAAAAGGUCUCAUUGAAAAUGGUCGAGUGGAUGAAGCUGUUAGUGUUUUAGAGCAAAUGCACAAACUCAAAUGUCAACCAGAUUUGAGUUUUUAUACCUGCACCAUUCCUCUCUUUUGCAGGGAAAAUAAAGUAGAGGAGGGAGUAAGGUUGUUUAAAAUGAUGAAAGAUUCUGAUUUUGUGCCAGAUUCUUUCAUUUAUGGGGUUCUAGUGCAGUGCUUGUGCAAAAACUUACAGUUGGAUUCUGCUGUAUGCCUCAUGAAUGAGAUGAUAGAAAGUGGUAUACCACCAAAACAUAAUGUUUUUGUUGAUAUGAUAAAUUGCUUUUGUGCAUUAGGGAAAAUUGAUGAGGCUAUAAUAUAUUUAGAAGAUAAAAAAGUUCAUGAAACUGCUCCUUUCAAUGCGUUGCUUGAAGGUUGCUGCAAUGCUGGUAAAAUUUUGGUAGCAAAUGUUCUGCUGGAGACAAUGUCUGAGAGAAACAUAGCCAAUUGUCAAUCUUGGAAUAUUCUCAUUAGAUGGCUUUGUGAGAAUAAAGAGACCAAGAAAGCAUAUAUACUUCUUGGCAGGAUGAUCAAAUCCUCAGUUAUUCCUGACGAUGCAACUUAUUCUGCUCUUGUUAUUGGAAACUGUAGAUUGAGCAAGUAUGAAGAAGCAACGGAGUUAUUUCAUCAAAUUUGUCUCAGAGGAUGGCUUUUAGAUUUUGUCUCUUAUUCUGAACUAGUUGGUGGCCUCUGUGACAUCCAACAUUCUCAAUAUGCCAUUGAAGUGUUUUACUAUAUGUCAAUGGAGAGAUGCUCUCUUCAUUCCUUCUCCUUCUUCAAGUUGAUAAAAUGUGUAUGUGACUCAGGACAGGUCAACAAAGCCAUAAGACUAUGGCAAUUAGCUUAUUAUUGUGGUAUUUCUUGCUGUAUUGCCUCACAAACUACUAUCAUGCGUGAGUUAUCUAAAUCACGGAAGACAAAAGAUCUGUUAGUAUUCCUCUCACAAAUGUUGGUAGUGGGCAGCAAUCUUGACAUGGAAGCAUAUUGUAUCCUCAUUCAUAGCAUGAGUAAAGAAAAUCAAGUAAAGGAAUGUGUUUUAUUUUUCACUAAGAUGGUCAAUGAAGGUCUUAUACCUGAUCCAGACAGACUAUUUGAUCAACUGUCAUUCAUCGCCAAUAAUUCUCAGUUAUCUAUGAUUUCUAGUGCAAUUAAUAAAAUUUCUGAUACUGGAAUUUUGAAUUCAGCAAUAUAUGGCUUACUGAUAACAGGCCUGUGGAAAGAGGGUAAGGAACACGAGGCACGUAGAUUACUGGAUUUGAUGUUAGAAAAGGGUUGGCUUCCUGAUGCAACUACUCAUAAAUUGUUGAUUGGAUCUGAUGUUAGAGAAGGAAGGAGUCAAGCUACAUUUUUGUUUGAUAAUUCUACCUCACAAGAUUCUGUUAGCAAUAUACUAGCAGAAGGCCUUGGAGAUACAUGAAACUUCAGCAUUCCAUGUCCAUGAAAGAAUCUUGAUUUCUUAACAAA